AUGGAUCCGCGGGCUGCCUUUGACAAAUUCACAGAUGGGAAGCCCUUCCUGGACAUCGAUGAUCUGAGUUGCGCCGUUUGGGCAGUAUUUGGCAUCAAGUUUAAGAAGCAGGAUUUGCGUGAUCUGAUGUCGCAGUACUGCAAGCAGGAAUCGCAGGGCAUCGGGCUGGAGGCAUUCCUGGCACUGGUGGAGGAGCGAAGGCGGAUCUUUGGAGAACGUGAUCGCGCGUUGCGGCUGUUCUCAGCGUUGGAUAAGCACGACAACGGAUUCCUGGACUUGCGAUCGUUCCAUGAAGUGUGUGCGGAGACCUGCCGGCCUGCGGCAGCUCGAGCAACUGAGAUCUUCCAUGACAUGGACCGUUCCAAGGCUCAUCCGCUGCAAGAGCUGGCCGACGUUCGGCAGAGGCACCAUCAGAGGUUCCGAGAGCGGGAGGAGCAAGCGGCGGAAGAGCAGAGACGACGGGAGCUGCUGCAGCAGGAGGAGCAGGACGCUGUGCUCGCAGAGCAGUUUGCCAAGGAAGAGGAGGAGGCGAGAUUGAGGCAACUGGAGGCUGACGAGGAAUACUCCCGGCAGCUCGCAGCACACCUCAAUCCUGGAGGAAGCCACCCUCUCCAAGAGUUCCGAGGUCAGUCUGCCGACAACUCGAUGGCAGAGGAUGCCGAGCUGGCUCACUACCAGCAGCUUGAGGACUCGGAAGCCGAAGGCUACCGGGCGCCUAUGCGAACCGGAUACGUGGAGCGGCUCAUCGACACGCCCCAGGACCUGUCCUGGGCCUGGGCGAUGCUCCAAGGCCAAGGCGACUCUGCCAGGGAACCCAUGGUCUCAGGGCAAGAGGAGGCGACUCCACUUGUUGCAAGCCGCGGACAGCUGUGCUUGCGCAUUGCAGUACCCGCGCUGGCUGGUGUCAGCUUGGCAGUCUUCAUCUACUGGUCAGGCACAUCAGGCAACUGA